AUGGAAGGCCCUAAAAAAAUAGAAGCCGGCAUCAAGAUCGCUAUUAUUGGGGGCGGACCUGCUGGGCUUUCGGCUGCCAUCGAGCUUGCUAGACUACCGUUUGUGGAAUGGACCCUGUACGAGCAGAAACCGAGUAUCAGCGAGAUCGGCACGGGGAUUGCUCUACAACGCAACACAUGGAGACUACUGGAAAAACUUGGAGUGUCCCAGCAUCUCAAGGCAGGGGACUUCUUCAGACCGAAAGAUGGGCACGACACUCAAUAUAGAGACGGAAGGACUGGUGUAGUUGUGAAACAGACAUACCCAUUGCCGAACGUGGCUCCCCACCAAGCCCCAUGCAGAAUCCAUCGGGGCAGACUACAGAAAGCCUUGCUCAAAAACGUUGACCAACGUCGCGUUCAGCCAGGCAAAAAACUAGUGAAAGUGGAACGAGUGGACAGUGGGAGACUUCGCCUUGUUUUUAGCUGUGGCUCCCUUGACGAGGUAGAUCUUAUUAUUGGGGCCGAUGGUAUCCGUUCUACCAUUCGAACGUUUGCAUUCCCCGAGUAUAGUGUCAGCUACUCGGGCAUGACAGCGUAUCGAGCAGUAGUCAGAGCAGCAGACGUCCGACAGAUUAAUGGCCUCUCAAAGGCUAUCGUAUUCUGGUACGGGACUGAUGGUAAGUGGAUUUAUACAAGUCCACUUGACAACGGCGACUGGGAGAUUACUUGCAGGAUUCGAGAGCCCGACGACAAUGAUCGGACGAGUUGGGGCAAAGAGGUUAAUGUGGCAAAGUUUGUUGAGACCUUCUACGAGUACUGCGAGCCGAUUCAACAGCUCUUAUCAUUGGUGACUCGGGUGAAGCGGUUCGACUACUUCGGCGGGCCGCGAUUGCAGACCGUGAUUAAUCACAGUUCCGUGGCUCUAAUUGGUGAUGCGUCUCAUCCACUCUCGGGGGCGUUUGGUGCCGGUGCUGCUUUCGCCAUUGAGGAUUCUCAUGUGUUGGCAGGUGCACUUCGUUGGGCAGCCUCUUCAUCUCACUCUCUGACGGAAGCCUUGCAGCUCUUUGACAAGGUGCGGUCAUCCCAUUACAGGAAACUGUACGAAACGUUAGAUGAGAUUGCUUCAGCUCAUCAGAAGACUUUUCGCCACUCCGCGUCGGCAGAAGAGGAGAUUGCCGGCCAAAUCGAAAAUGUUUCACUGUCGAAACACACCUGGAUGUUUUAUCACGAGGUCAGUCAAGCCUCUGCCUCUGUUGUUCAAGUGGAAACUGACCAAGCGAAUGUAGGCUGA